CAGGCGGACUCGGCGGCUCCCCUUUCCUCCCCUCAGGCAGCCUCGGCUGCGGCCAGUGCAGGGCGCGGAUUCUGCUUGGGAAAGGCAAAAGAGCGCUUUCUCCUUCAGCUAGGACGAGCCGUUGCAGAUCGGGCAGGCGGGCAAGCAAGCAUCUUCCUUGGGGAAACUCCAGCCGCCACUUCGCCAGGAGAAGAGGCAAGCGAGGCCACAAAGGGCUCUUUGUGCGGAGGAAGAGGCGGCGGCGCGGCCCCUUCGUCCCUCUUUCUUGGCCGGCGCCAGCAUGGGGGCAGCCAGCGCCGCCUUCUUAGCCCUGCUGGCGGCGUCCUCGCUUCUUCCCCUCGACGCUGCAGGAGAAAUGGAGAUACCAGAUUCUAAUGAUCCUUUGGGUCAAAUGGAUGGCCAUGAGAGACCAGUUCCCACACACAAAGGUUACUUUUUGACCUUUUUGGAACCGGUAAACAAUAUCACCAUAGUCCAGGGCCAGACAGCGAUUCUCCAUUGCAAAGUAGCAGGAAAUCCAUCUCCCAGUGUCAAAUGGUUAAAAAAUGAUGCACCAGUGGUUCAAGAACCAAGAAGGAUCAUCAUAAGGAAAACAGACUAUGGCUCACGUUUAAGAAUCCAGGACCUUGACACCACAGACACUGGUUAUUAUCAAUGUGUGGCCUCUAACGAGAUGAAGACAAUAACUGCAACGGGAGUUCUGUUUGUAAGGCUGGGUCCAACACACAGCCCAAACCACAAUUUCCAGGAAGAUUACCAUGAAGAUGGCUUUUGCCAGCCUUACCGAGGAAUUGCCUGUGCUCGAAUCAUUGGAAACAGGACCAUUUAUGUGGACUCUCUCCAGAUGCAAGGGGAAAUCGAAAACCGAAUCACUGCUGCAUUUACUAUGAUUGGAACAUCCACCCAUUUAUCUGAUCAGUGCUCCCAGUUUGCCAUCCCAUCUUUCUGUCACUUCGUGUUUCCCCUGUGUGAUGAAAGCUCUCGGACACCAAAGCCAAGAGAGUUAUGUCGAGAUGAGUGUGAAGUUCUGGAGAAUGACCUGUGUAGGCAGGAAUACAACAUUGCUAGGUCUAAUCCACUCAUUCUGAUGCAGCUUCAGCCGCCUAAGUGUGAAGACCUGCCACUGCCAGACACCUUAGAGGCUGCCAACUGUAUAAGAAUUGGAAUUCCUGUAGAACGGCUCAAUAGAUAUCACCCAUGUUACAAUGGCUCUGGAGCAGAUUACAGAGGGACUAUCAGCAUCACAAAGUCAGGGUACAAUUGUCAGUAUUGGGACUCUCAGCAUCCUCAUUCCCAUGCCUUGACAAGUGCAGACUUUCCAGAGCUUGGAGGGAGCCAUGCAUACUGUCGCAAUCCUGGAAGCCAGAUGGAAGGUCCCUGGUGUUUUACACAAAACAAAAACGUACGCAUGGAACUGUGUGAAGUACCUUCUUGUAGUCCACGUGACAGCAGCAAAAUGGGAAUCCUCUACAUCCUGGUUCCCAGCAUUGCCAUCCCUUUGGUUAUUGCCUGCCUUUUCUUCCUGGUGUGUAUGUGCAGAAACAAGCAGAAGGCAUCCACCACUACACCACAGCGUCGUCAGCUGAUGGCGUCUCCCAGCCAAGACAUGGAAAUGCCGCUUAUUAAUCAGCACAAACAGACUAAACUAAAAGAGAUCAGUUUGUCCACUGUGAGAUUUAUGGAAGAGCUCGGCGAAGAAAAGUUUGGAAAAGUUUAUAAGGGUCACCUAUUUGGUACAACUCCAGGGGAGCAAACACAAACAGUUGCCAUCAAAACACUCAAGGAUAAAGCAGACUUAACUCUUCGUGAAGAAUUUAAACAUGAAGCAAUGAUGAGGUCAAGAUUACAUCACCCCAAUAUAGUUUGCUUGCUAGGAAUCGUGACCAAAGAGCAGCCCAUUAGUAUAAUUUUUAGCUAUUGUUCCCAUAGUGACCUCCAUGAGUUCCUGGUUAUGAGAUCCCCUCACUCUGAUGUUGGCAGCACUGAUGAUGACAAGACAGUGAAGUCUACAUUGGAACCAGCUGAUUUUUUUCAUAUUGUGACUCAGAUAGCAGCAGGGAUGGAAUACCUCUCAAGCCAUCAUGUUGUCCACAAAGAUUUAGCCACUAGAAAUGUGCUAGUGUUUGACAAACUUAAUGUGAAAAUAUCUGAUUUGGGUCUUUUCAGGGAAGUUUAUUCUGCCGACUAUUAUAAACUAAUGGGAAAUUCUCCACUCCCUAUACGGUGGAUGUCCCCAGAGGCGAUCAUGUAUGGCAAAUUUUCUGUUGAUUCAGACAUCUGGUCCUACGGAGUGGUGUUGUGGGAGAUCUUCAGUUAUGGUUUGCAGCCUUACUGUGGCUAUUCCAACCAAGAUGUCAUUGAGAUGAUAAGAAAUAGACAGGUUUUGCCAUGUCCUGAUGACUGCCCUGCAUGGAUAUACUCAUUGAUGUUAGAAUGUUGGACUGAAUUUCCCAAUAGAAGACCAAGAUUCAAAGACCUACACAAUAGACUGAGAACAUGGGGAAACCUCUCAAACUACAACAGCUCUGCACAAACCUCUGGUGCAAGCAACACCACACAGACAAGCUCGCUCAGCACAAGCCCGGUUAGUAAUGUCAGCAACACUAGGUAUGUUGGACCGAAGCAGAAAACACAAGCUUUCCCUCAGCCACAGUUCAUACCAAUGAAAGGACAGAUAAGACCUAUGGUCCCACCUCCUCAGCUCUACAUUCCAGUCAAUGGCUACCAACCAAUGCCAGCCUAUGGAGCUUAUUUGCCCAAUUUUUACCCUGUCCAAAUACCAAUGCAAAUGGCACCUCAGCAGAUGGCUCCUCAGAUGAUUCCAAAACCUGGAUCCCAUCACAGUGGGAGUGGUUCCACGAGCACGGGAUACGUAACAACAGCCCCUUCUAAUGCCUCCGUGGCCGAUAGGGCUGCUUUGCUGUCGGAAGGUACAGAUGAUAUACAUAAUGCAACAGAAGAUGUUGCUCAGAGUCUGGUCCAGGAAGAGGAAGAAGAGGAAGGCUCAGUGCCUGAAACAGAAUUAUUGGGUGAUAAUGACACUCUUCAAAUGGAUGAAUCAGAGUUUCAGUCAGAAGCCUAAGGGUGUUGCCUUGUUUCCAAUUCAAAACUGGACGUCUUUCAGUAUGACAGAAACUAUAGUCCAUCUGACUUGCAUAAUCAAUUUUUUUCUUUGACUCUUAGGCACAACUCCUAAUCCAGAACCACAGAAAAUGCAGCAAUAAUGCUAUUACCAUGUUUUUGGACUUUUCUUUCCAGCAGAUAACAUGAAGAUAGAUAAUUGCUGUUUUUAAAGCCAGGGUUGACUACAGUUUUUGCAGAGAGGCUGCUUUUAUAAUAUACUGUUGCUGUGCAACAUAUAGUGGAAAUGCAUUGCACAUCAUGUAUAUCUUGAACUCUGAUUGUAAUUUUUUUUUUUAGUGAAUUCUGGUUAAAUCAAUAACCAAACAAGUUGAGCUACAAUGACAUACAGGUUGGUUUUGCAUGUGAAGAGGUACCCAAGAUGUAAUGGACAUCUUACUAAGAGAGCAUUUUCUCACUGAUUAUAUUCAUUGCAAGGGAUUUAUAAAGAUAUAGGUAAGAAACAGGUAAGAAUAUUAUUCAUAAGUUGAAAUCCACAGUGAAGCCUGAGUUCAGGUGAGAAUGCAGAAUUAACUCUUGUAUGUGUUGCUCUUUCAGACUGAGCACUGCAAGCCACACCCACCCACAUAAAUCAGUUGAUUUUCUGUAUGAAUUAAUGGAAGCCAUACGUACAGUUAUAGCAGCAAAUACAUUUUGAUAGUCAAAAGAAGUGGCAGAGUAGGCUAUGCACUAAUCUAACAGGCCAACCUCUUUUUCCUGUUGGUGGUAAAUUGUGAAAAAAGGCUCAUUCUGUGGAUCUGAAAUAGAUUUUGUCAUGUUUUAAAAAGGAUUUUAAACUCAUUUGGUGUCAGUUAAGAUGGUGCUAAAAGAAUACACACACAGCCUUUUUUCUUAAAAAAAAAAAAUCUUUUUAGUGAUUGUAGAUCUUUUAAGACCAAAAUAAGCAAUAUUGUACAGAAUGUUUAAUGCUUUUUUGCGUGAGAUGAAUCAUGUACAAAGUGGUUUUUUUAAUGUAAUUUAUGUUUUGUUACAUUUUAUAUGCUUUUUUUCAUUGAAGCAUUUGGAACUUUGAAAAGAAUGCCUAUAUAAUUUAACCGUUUACGUUAUGAUUUGUAACACAUUAUUGGAAUUUGAUUUGGUUUUGAUAUGGUGAUAAAAAUUGGUUCAUACAUUUCAUACUCAUUUCUGCAGGAUAAAUAACUACAAACACAUAGUUGCAAGCUGUAAAUCUAACACAUGGAAUAUCUUACAAAGUAGCACAUAAAUGUUUGAUUAUUUUAACAUGUUUUUUAAAAAAAACACUGUAAAAGUGGAAAUCCGUGAAUUUCCCUUUAUGUUUUACCGUGUACACUGUGCCUUAGCUAAGUCCAUUUGGAUUCACUUGAGGUGUAUCAUUACAAUCUGUAGCCCACAUUAAUGUCAGGAGGCGCUUCACUGGUUUCCAGUUUCUCUCAUGAAAUUGCUUAUGCACUGGUAAGUAAACAAUGGAAAGCUCUCUUGCUUGUAAAUAUAAAUGCGAGUCGGAGACUAUUAAUAAAUCAUACAAAUAAAUUUGAAUUUUAUUUAC